AACGCGGGAAAUAUCGGAGAGAAGAGAACUAUAAACAAAGAACUGAAGUAGCCUAACUUAACAUAACCAUAACCUCAGAAGAGUAAUAAAACUAAAUAUCUAAAGACAAGAAGAGUCAACAAACAAGAGAAAGAGCGAAAGAGCUAUUUUAUUUCAGGUCAGGACUCAGGAGUUAAAACUACUGCUACUGCCGGCUGUUCCUGUUGGUUUGAUCAAAAUGGCCCUUGAAGCUGUUACUAAAGCUCUCAAGAAGCUGACAAAAGAUGACGAUACUUCAGUAGGAAGUGAACCACAAUACUUUUGUGUAGAAGACUCCUUUCUUAGCAAAGAUGUGUGCGUUUCAGUUGAAGGAGUAGGCGAUAUUACUUUCCCAAUUGAUGAAAAUUGUAUUCAAAAGCUCAUCAAGGUAUCCUCAAAGGCAGUAUUUGGCAAAGGAGACCAAACUUGUCUGGACACAAACAUUCGUGACUCUCAGACAAUUCAGGCCAAUGCACUGAAAGUCAACAUAAAAGAUAAAAGUCUUGCAGCAGUUCUCGACAGAAUCAAGACUGGACUGAAUAUUGAAAAUAAUUGCUCUUUAGAACCUCAUCUCUAUAACUUGUUAAUUUAUGGCCCUGGCCAGUUUUUUGGAAAGCAUAGAGAUUCUGAAAAAAUUAAAAGAAUGGUCGCAACUCUUGUAGUCGUCUUGCCUUCUCAUCACCAUGGAGGGGAUUUGCAUAUUGAGCAUGAUGGGAAAAAACAUGUGUUUUUUGGAUCUCAAGCACAUGAAAUCGUUAAGUGCAUUGCUUUCUACCCAGAUUGUAGACACGAGAUCACUAAAGUUACCCAAGGAUAUCGGGUUGCGUUAACAUUCAACAUUGUCUUAAACUCUCCAGAUAUUUUACAAACUGUAAAGGUAGAUAAAUACCUUAAAAAAGCUGUAGAGGACUAUUUCGGGGUGGAUCAUCCUACAAGGCUUAUAUUUUAUAUGAAUCAUAGCUAUACAAAGUGUAGCUUGAAAUGGAGUUUGCUGAAAGGGUCUGAUAGGACACGAGGAUAUGCUUUGUUUGUCGUCGCCAAACACCUGGGUUUAAAACCGUGUCUUGCUUUGGUGGAACAUCAGGAAACCUAUGAAGUAGGUGCCGACUACUAUGGUGAUGAUGAGCUACGUGAAACAUCCAUCACGCCGUAUUUUUGGGUUAGUUGGAAUGAUAGAGAGUUUAAACCUCAUUCAGGCUUUGAUACAGGUGAAUUUGAUGAGAGUGAAAUUUGUUGCACAAUUGAAACAUCAGACUUAUUAGAACCUUAUAGUACUUAUAAGGAAGAAGAGCCUUAUGGAAAUGCUCCUACUACUGAAGAUCGUUCAUAUCGAAGGGCAUGCGUUGUUCUGUUUCGUGUACAGGAUCAUUCCCCAAAGAAGCGAGGAGACAAGGAACAAUGUUUGCCAUCUCAAGAAAAAGAAACUAUGUGUAAUAAAAGAAAUGAAACAGAAAUCUCAACUAUAGCUCCUAAGGAAUUUUAUGGCAAUGUAGGUGAAAGUGGCUCAUCAAGGCAGUAAAUUUUAACUGAAGUUCAAUAAUGAAGUUAAGUAAAAAAUAUUUAAUUCUUUAUAUAAUUCAUAAGCAAAUUAAGUACCAUGUUUUUAUGUCUUGUUGACAUGAUUUUAACAAAUGAAAUGUAUUGUUUUACACAAAUCCCUGUAAUUUUUCUACCCAAAAAUAACUCUAAAAUAUACAUAUUAUGACGAAGGAAUAGUUAUGAAAGCUAUGUGGUUGGAUACCAACGUGUUUGUUCUGUUUUAUUCAAGUACUGUAUGUUUUAUCUAUGGUACUGUUUAUCAGAGUUGUUAAGUUUUUAAAUGGUAUUGCAACUGGACUAAGAUUUGAUUGAACUAUGACUAUUUUUACUUGUCAUAUUUUGGAAAAUUUUUGUUAUUCCAGUACAAUAAAAACAAUCCAUUAGUUAGCUGUUUCUUGUUUCUCAAAGUAAUUAAUAUUUAACUUUAACUAUUAGAGCGUUUGUCUUUACGGUACAAAAUAUUUCUAAACUUUAAACAUAAUUGUAAGCCAUAUAACAGUCAAGCUGGUCAGAGGUACAUUGCACAUAGAUAUUGUAUAAAGGUUGUAGGGUUGUAGAAAAUUAAAUUUGUUGUAUGCAUCACUUUAUAUUAAAUACUUUUUUACCCAAAUUUAAAUAUGCAUAAUU